AUGAAGAUGAAGUUCACUACAUUAGUUUUCGUUGCGUUUGUUCUCUCGUCAAUGGCUCCGACCAAAGCAGAGGAGAAAGCGGCAUGCGUCGUGACAGAUCUCAAAGCAUGCCUACCAGAUAUAAUAGGCGAAACCCCACCAUCGACAAAAUGUUGCACAAAAUUGAAAGAUAAAAAGUCGUGUUUUUGUGAGUACUUGAAAAACCCAUUGAUUGCUCCAUAUAUGACAUCUGCUAAACAAGUUUUAGAAGCGUGUGGUGUACCUGUUCCUGUUUGUCAAAGGUUUUAA